AUGGAAGCAGACACGGUAAUCGCCCCAGACAUCCGCGGAUGUGGCGACUCGUCCAUCCCCACUUCCAAGAACUACACUGCUGCAGCCGCGGGCGCAGAUCUCAAAGCCAUUCUAGACUACCUCAACAUCUCAUCCACAUAUGUCUUCGCGCACGAUAAGGGUGUAGGACUAGCGACUUCACUCGCCAUUGAACAUCCUUCGCUUGUCAAAGCCAUUAUCCUCGCUGAAUACGUUCUCCCCGGCUACGGCUACCCUUUGACCGUUCAGAGUCCCAGCUUGUACCAGAACUGGCAGCUCGCCUUCUUUGCCGUGCCCGAUGCAGCCGAAUUCUUCAUUCGAGAUCGCGAGAAACAGAUGUUGAGCUGGUAUUUCUUUCACGCGAGUUAUUCCGGUACGGCGGCGGUGAGUGAAGACCAUCUGCAGCGGUAUACGAAUGAGAUUUCGAAACCGGGAUUUCUGAGGAGCGGUAUGGAAUACUUCGCGGCGGCGUGGGAGGAUGAAGCGUACUUUACUUCCGUGUUUAGCAGUGGGCAUAGGUUGCAGAUGCCGUUGUUGGCGCUGGGUGGUGAGGCGAGCUUUGGGCCUGUAUCGCUCUUGGAAGAAGUUUGGUUACAGGUUGGCGAUGAUGUUGUCGCUGAGUUAAUUCCAAAGGCUGGGCACUGGAUUGGUAAGAUCAAUUCCUUGGAUGGCGUCUUAGCUAUCGCAGAAAAGCUCACAGCGGUGUAG